UCUUUGUUAUGGAUUCAUUCUGUAUGUAAACAUGUACGCUCAAACUCUCACGCAGGCCAGUAUGUGAUCCAGAAGGUGAUUCCCCAGGCCUCUGGCGAGAGCUCAAAGAUUAAGGUGAAGGUGCGAGUCAAUAUCCACGGGAUCUUCAGUGUGUCCAGUGCUUCGCUAGUGGAGGUGCAGAAAUCUGAGGAAGAAGAGGAGAGCAUGGACACCGAGCACAGCACAGAGAAAGAGAAUGAGAGCAAAAUGCAGGUUGAUCAAGAUGAACAAAAGACUCCAGGGACCGGAGAACAGGAAAAUGAAGAGAAAAAAGCCGGAACAGAGGAAAUGGAGGUAAAUGAGAUCUACAAACAGCACCUAUUAAACGACCCAUAGAUUUUGGAUUAUUUGACAGUCAUGC